CGAGAUAGAUAAGUCAGUUUGUUGUUUUGGAUUACAGCGUUGGUUUGGUUGGUUGUUGUUGUAAUAAUGGUCGGCUUAGAGAACUAAUCACCCCUUUUCCUAACCAUCAAAAUACCCCCAUCCUUUUUUAUAUUCUAAUCUUCCUCCUUUUUGCAGAUCAACGAUCCUCUGGAUUUUUCUUUUCAGAUUCCUAAAUCCAACAAAUACCUAAAGCCUUUGAGAUAUUUAUAUAGAUCGAUCGAAAUCGAAGACAGCAGGGUGGCUUGAGAAAAGGGUAAGUCUGGGGUUUGGUGGUUAUUGGAAGUAAAUGGCGAAUCUGUAUGUGAAAGCGGUGCCACCGGCGGAUCUGAACCGGAACACCGAGUGGUUCAUGUACCCAGGAGUAUGGACUACUUAUAUUCUAAUCCUAUUCUUCUCCUGGCUCCUUGUUCUCUCCAUCUUCGGUUGCUCUCCUGGCAUGGCUUGGACCGUCGUCAAUCUCGCUCACUUCCUCGUUACAUACCACUUCUUUCACUGGAAGAAAGGAACCCCAUUUGCUGAAGAUCAAGGGAUUUACAAUGGCUUGACUUGGUGGGAGCAGAUAGACAAUGGAAAGCAGCUUACACGCAAUAGGAAGUUUCUAACUGUCGUACCUGUUGUGCUGUACUUGAUAGCCUCGCAUACAACCGACUAUCAACAUCCUAUGCUCUUUUUUAACACACUUGCAGUGCUUGUGCUUGUCAUCGCCAAGUUCCCCAACAUGCACAAGGUCCGGAUCUUUGGAAUCAAUGCAGACAAGUGAAUGAGUAUCCCCUUAAAGAAUAGUUGGUUUUGCCUGCUAGAAAGCCACUGCUGCUUCCCCUAUGCUAAAAACGGGCAUCUUUUGUAUAGGAGGACAUUUCAAAAGUUGUCUUUUGUUUUUUUGGUUUUUGCUGAGUCUGCGGACUGCAUUUACAAGCUCUCUUAGAUCAAUAAGUGUACAGUGGAGAAAUCUAAUGUAUGUUAAAUACUUCACUAUGCUCUUAUCAGCGUAUCACAUAUCUUCAUACCGUAAUCCAUAUCUUUGAAUCUCUUAUGGCACCA